AUGUUAGGUACUGUCGGUGGAGUUGCUGGUUAUGCUUCCAAAAAAUCGGUGCCUUCCAUAGUGUCAGGUGUAGGUAUUGGCAUGGGAUAUGCCGUUGGUGGAUAUUUACUUCAAAAGGAAAAAAGUUAUGGAAAUGAGACAGCCUUCGCUGGGAUCAUGAUUCCUCGAAUGGUUAAAUAUGGUAGACCUAUUCCUAUAUCAUUAAGUAUAUUAUCUGUUGGUAUUGGUACUUAUUAUG